AUGGGUAAGCAAACAAAUAUUUACCCUAUUAGCCCAUUAUCGGCUCGUAGGAGUCGAUCACAAGCUUCCAGGAAAUCACACGACAAAUCAUUGACGUCAGUAGCAACAUCAGGCUUGUCAUUACCAAUACAGGUCACUGAUUCUAUAGAAGCGCGCAGACGAAAUGACGAUAGCCUUACCAGGAUAGACCUGUCUCCUUAUUUGAUACAGGAUCACCUGCCACUUUUGCUAAGAUCUUACACGCGACCAUGUAGUUCUAUCUAUGCCUGGUGUGUUGUUUCCAGUAACAAAAAGCUAUGGGUUCAGCUUCCAACUAUUUUAAAUGAGAUAAAAAAUUAUUGCCGCGGCUUUAAGCCACUGGGUGACAAUAUCCCCAGCCAAUCUUUGAACGGUGAGGGCGGGAUUCCGAGCCUCACGAAGACAACUUCCAAGCGACCAUCGGGUAGUAGUCAGGCUAAUCUUCAGAAUGGUGUUAUUGAGCGGGUUUCAUUUCUUAUCACAGUUCUUUUUCCGGCUGCAACGAACCAUUCUUCAUUAAAGCAGUCAAUUUUGGCCCAGUCAAAGUCUAAAUCAAAGAAGGAAAUCAUCGUGACUCCGAAGGAAAGGCGCAAGUUAUGGAAGGUGCUUAUGCGUAAUAUCUCGAACACUUUUCCGAUGUUGCUAUCUGCUGCUCGAACGGAUCUGAUGAGUGGAACGGAUCCUGAGCUAGCCGCUCUUUUACUUUCGCUUCUGUACAACCUACUGCAGGCGCUUCGAGGAAAGCCUAUAUUGAAAAAGGUAAUUGAAUUGUGCAUUAUGUUAGGCCUUUAUAAGAUUUGCACCAGCAUUUUAAUGGCACACACGAGUCCACGAGUUUUCUACGCGAAAUGUGGUAACGUAGGCGAAAUGCAGUUGUAUUACCGCUGCCGAGUUAUCGAGGCGGUUGCCUUGAUCAUGACCCUGGCAAAUCAUUUUAAUUCAAAGGGCCAUAUCGUAAUCCGCGUUACACAUAUACUGGAGCGUCUUUUAUAUUCCCUGAGUGUUGUAGUUGAUUUCCUUGACCUUAGACUCAGGGAUUUCCUUGAUGCCCUAGACAAUGUGGUUGACUCUGACAAAGCCAUAGGUAGGGAGGCAGUCCGGGAGAGACUGCUUCAGAUUGUUGAAAACACUGUGCGCCUGACAUCCUUUUUGGGUUCUGCGUGCACACACUUGUGCAUGGCCAUUUUUUCAGCAGCGAAGUCUUCAAACAACACAAAUAAGCUCGGUGCGAAGUGUGUUGGUGUUUGCGCUAAGCUAAUAGCCAUACUAUCUCGUAGCCUAUAUCUGGACAUCCCCAAUCGCUUUUGUCAGGUAUUUGCAACACAAUCGUACGACUCGUCUUCGAUGUGCAAACUUCCCGAAGGCUCUGUGGAAAAUGACGCCUCUCAGAACACAGUGCCGCCGUGGGUGCUUCUAUGGUUAAGCAGUAUGGAGGUGUCUAUGUUCUGGGCAGUGGCUUUACUCCAAAGAGUGUGUCAGAGGUGCAAGGCCCACAUUGCUUGUAGUAUGGGAGCACACAAGCACAAUGUGCUCUUAUCAAUGUACACGGUUCUAUGGACUAUUACACAGGAUAUCGGAAAAGGUGUUGAGAAUAGAGAAGCUUCUGAAAGAAAUCUCAUACUACCUACUUUUUCUGCAGCUCAGUGGGAGCACCGAAUGUGCGUGGUUCGCGCAACACUAAUCGCUAUCGAUACUCUCUUAGGGGCGAAUCGGAAACUGGGUCUGGAGGAGUUGCAUGCAGUUGGUGGUGUUGCUUCACUUGUGAAAUUGGUCCUGCAGUUGCCCUUCAACGGGGUGAAUCAGUGGUGCCAGUGCUACAUUCUUUGUUGUUCUUUUUACGGUCUCUCACUUCUUCCAUCGUCUUCCGAGAAUGAGUCUGCCUACACCGUGAAUUCACGGGUCCCAAUGUGGCUAUUUUCGCCUCUUGGAGACCGUUUUCCUGGGAAAGAAGUGUCAACUUCUUUUUCACGGGUAUCCAUUAAGACUGAUGAUAACGAACUUUCCCGAGGUCUUGCGUUAGGGGCUAAGCCGCCACCGGCGUCACAGUCGCAGCUUUUUGUGGUAGGAGCUGGGUCCAGUGGGAAUGUUCCUCUCCCAGAAAAGGGGUUGAAUGUAUCAGGUUCAAUGCCUCCGGCUGAAAAGUUAAUGUUUACAGAUACAUCAAGCCUUUUACCAGUUGAUCAGUGCCCAGCAUGGUUUUCCACGGAAUUGAACAAUGGGUUUAUCUCCCCCGAGACUGAGAUGCCACAUGAGGACGCUAUAAAACUCCCAUGGUUGUUCACCGACCCGCCACUGCCGCAAACUAAUUGUUAUCAUCAUCAUACAACUGAUGAACUAAUGGAGCCACUAGAGGUCUCGAGUGAUUCCCAGCGGAUCGAAAUUCUUGUGCAUCAUAUUAAGCGUCUUCUCCUUCUUGAUGGGACAUCUGAUGAUGCUAGCGAAGACCCCACAUGUCAUCAUCGUUAUUGCGUCGUCUACGAUCGCACACAAGAUGUCGAGGAAGGAGUGAAGGGUAUAGCAAGGGAUAGCAAUGAGGAUGUUCUUAAAGGGAGUAUUAAGAGUGAUACACGGAGCUGUGCUAGGACGCCAGGAGGCGGCUCUUCGAUAACGUUUCGUAGCAACUUUCCCUCCGGCAACCUUCAGCGGGCUGUAUGUGUCAGAGAUGAUGAGUACGAUCUAGUACUGAGCUGGGAUACUGCGACUAAUUCAUUCACUCAGUGGUUCUGCUUCUCUGUUUCUGGCUAUGAGCCUGGCAAAACUUACCGCUUUAACAUUAUCAAUAUGGAAAAGAAUGGCUCAAUGUUCAAUGAAGGUCAGCGCGUGUUAUUGCUUCAUGAUACGUGCACAGAAUCUUUUUCUUUUCCUCUCGGAAACGUGACAAACACGUCCAAGAUGAGUAAUUGGCAGCGUGCAGGGGAGUGUAUUUACUACUUUCCUAACCCCUACAGCAAACCGACAAGGUUAACACUUCGAGAUAGGCUGCAGCACACUCCAUCGUGCGCCACCACACACACACGUUCCACAAAUCAAUCGGUUGAGGCGAAAUCAAAAAAACAACCCUAUCGUUCGCGCCGAAGCCCAUUGUGUAAGCAUCUGCGCAGAGAUUCCACAACUAUAACAGCAAACGAAAAGUCGUCCUCAGCUUCUUCGUACCCUGUGUUUGGGAAGAAAGUUGUGUCAUCAUCAUGUGCCCACAGCAGCGCGAGUGAGACAUCCACCAAAACAUACUUCACUCUAUCUUUCAAGGUUACGAUGCCGACAGAAGCGCCGCACAAGGUUUACAUAGCGAAUUGUUUUCCAUACACCUACUCUGAGGUUGUUAGACAUCUGCGACGACUCAGCGCAACGGCACAUAUUGAAGACAAUAAUCUCAAAAUGAACAAGGAGAACGGUGGGGGGAAGCCCGGUAAAUUUACUAUCCAACAGUUAUGCCUCACACCGGGGGGCCUCCCUGUACCGUUUGUCACUGCUACGGCCCUCUAUUCAUCCACCGAGAGGAGGAGUUAUACACCUGAGGAGAUACGCCGGCGACCUGUGAUCCUCCUUACGGCGCGUGUUCAUCCAGGUGAAUCCAACUCCAGUUGGAUGAUGCACGGCAUUCUGGAGGCGCUCUUAGCGCCGGAUGACCUUCACACGGCACACCAUCUUUGUGGAUGUACCUCUGAUGGUGAACGCCUCCACCAGGUGGUCGAUAACUUACUUAAUCAUUUUGUCUUUAAGAUUAUUCCCAUUCUUAACCCUGAUGGUGUAGUCAUGGGCAAUCACCGCUGCUCUAUAUUUGGUGCUGAUCUGAAUCGCGAUUACUUGAAUCCUAGUAUGAAGACAAACCCAGUGGUGUACUCACUUAAACAGCUUCUCCAUCACAUGAUCACAACCGAACAGCGUUCUAUUAUUUUGUACACUGAUUUUCACGGCCAUUCGCGCGCAAAAAACUUUAUGAUAUACGGCUGCACUGAAGAAGCCGUGUCCUCUCUAAAUAAAAAAGGGGAAAAAAAAGGGAUGAUCCCCGUUAGAGAUAACAGUAUAACCCACCCUUCUGCGUUUGCUGCCUCUGCUGCUACCGUACCUUUGGCUGGUGAGGGGUGUUGUAACGAUCCUAAGGGCUCCAUACUCAAGGAGGUUUCCCCAGAGAAGUUUUUCCCAAUCCUUCUAGGCUACUGCUGUCCUUCCUUUUCGCUCCCUCAAUGCCUAUUUUCUGCCCAAAAGUGCAAGAGAACAACCGGACGCUUAGUCACAUACAUGCAGUUUGGCAUUCGGAUGAGCUAUACGGUUGAGGCCUCAAUGAUGGGCGGUCUAGAUGCAGCGUUCAAGGCUGAGAAUUCACCAUUGCUAUGCUUACCGAAUGGUGGUUCUUUCAACAACAACGCUGAUAGGGCAUCACUAAGGUCAUGCAAAGACAUUCAAACUCACUACUCGCAGAAUUCGUUUAUUAAUAUGGGAAGAGGAUUUCUCAUUGCCUUAAAUGUUCUGUGCUUGCUGUACAUGAAUUGUAAUCUAAAUGCUAUGGUGUCUGUACCUGGAGCCGAUGCUUCUGCUGAGAACACCUUGGUUGGAGCUGACUUGCCACAGGAGGUGCGCCAGUUAAUUCCAAAUGCCUUGGUUCAGCUUUGCGCUGCCGGAAAUGGAAAGGAGUUACCGAGGCAGAAUCUAUUGGUGGAUCCCCCAGCAUCGCCGGCGCCAUUUCUUCCCACAAUAGCUGCAGGCUCUUAUUCGCUAUUGACGCGCGCAGAACGUCGUAGUACACAACCUACGGGAGGUCUUAGCAGCGUUAUAUCCGCAGCUCGACUGAGCUCUUUGCAUGGGGCCACGAUGGAAUAUCCCCAGUCUGUCUGCUCAAUCACAGCAGCUCAGCUUCAGGAAGUAAUGGAUUAUCUGUUUGCUAGGUGCCACCAUGUUGAGGAAGAUAUAUACUCUGAUUUGUCGGAUAGGCAAAGUGACGAUAAUGAAGAUGGAAGCCCCUCCUCUUUUGUGUCGAGUCCCCCGUUGUGGCCUUCUCAAACGUUGCAUGAAUCAAGGGGCACGGGGGAUGAAGAGUUAUCUGAUAGUGCGGAGAGCACCUUGAAUGAUGGAAGUGUUUUUGUCGAAGCUGUUGAGCGCGAUGGUAUCGCUGCCAAUUUAUUUGAAGACGAUGAUAGAGAUGAAAACGCUGUGUUGAUCUUAGAAACAUCAAGUAUGGAAAUGGAAGGUAGCAAUAACAAGGACGAAGAUGAUCGUAAUACUGAGUAUGCGGGAGAUUUUAACGAUGUAUCAGAUAACGACAGUUACAUUCCUACGAGUGUAUUCAUGUGGUAG